AUGGGCAAGCUCAUCAAGAAUCACUGGGCUCGCCUAAUCAUCCUCACCGCAGCGAUAUACCAACUAGCCGCCGGCAUACAUGGAUUCUUCUGGCCAAAGGUAUUCUGGGACUUCCUCACGAAGAACCUUGACCAGGCAGUCAAACCGAUUCCUAUACUACAGAUCAUCAACGUCUUGCUAGGACUGCUGGCCCUGGCCUGGGAAUGGCCUCUCAAACCGCUCGCAGGGACCCUGUUCCACCGUAGCAUCGAGAUCAGACUCUUCAUCCUCCCUCUCAGCGCACUGGCCUCUGCCUUGCUAUACCAAGGCACCAAUCCUGCGAUUUACUACGUCAUUGGGAUGGCUGUGUACUUUUGGGGGUACAGCGAAGGAGAGGUACGAACCUAUUGUCAUCCAUUGAACGUUGAAAAGAACAAUGAAAACUAA